AUGGCCCAGCUAUACUACAAAAAGGUAAACUAUUCACCAUACAGAGAUCGGAUCCCACUGCAGAUCGUGCGAGCAGAGGCAGAGCUCUCGGUGGAAGAGAAGGCCUACCUCAGCGCCGUGGAGAAGGGGGACUAUGCCAGUGUGAAACAUGCCUUACAAGAGGCGGAGAUCUACUACAACAUCAACAUUAACUGUAUGGAUCCUCUCGGUCGCAGUGCCCUUUUAAUAGCCAUAGAGAACGAAAAUCUGGAGAUCAUGGAGUUACUUCUGAGCCACAGCGUGUACGUGGGAGACGCUCUGCUGUACGCGAUACGGAAAGAGGUGGUGGGAGCUGUGGAGCUGCUGCUGAAUUACAGGAAGCCAAGUGGAGAAAAGCAGGUUCCAACCUUGAUGAUGGACACCCAGUUUUCAGAAUUCACUCCAGAUAUCACCCCAAUAAUGCUGGCGGCUCACACCAACAACUAUGAAAUCAUCAAACUGCUUGUCCAAAGACGGGUAACGAUUCCACGCCCACACCAGAUCAGAUGCAACUGCGUGGAAUGUGUCUCCAGUUCGGAGGUGGACAGCCUGAGGCAUUCCAGGUCAAGGCUGAACAUCUACAAAGCCUUAGCCAGCCCUUCGCUGAUUGCCUUAUCGAGCGAGGACCCGAUCCUGACGGCUUUCCGACUGGGCUGGGAGCUGAAGGAGCUCAGCAAAGUGGAAAAUGAGUUCAAGGCUGAAUAUGAAGAGCUUUCCCAGCAGUGCAAGCGUUUUGCUAAGGACCUUUUGGACCAAGCACGGAGUUCCCGAGAACUGGAGAUCAUUCUCAAUCACAGAGAUGAUCAGAGUGAAGAGUUGGACCCCCAAAAAUGUCAUGAUUUGGCAAAGCUAAAGGUAGCAAUAAAGUAUCACCAGAAAGAGUUUGUUGCUCAGCCAAACUGCCAGCAGCUACUAGCAACGCUUUGGUACGACGGUUUUCCAGGAUGGAGGCGGAAACACUGGGCAGUAAAACUCUUGACCUGUGUCACCAUCGGACUGCUGUUCCCUGUGCUAUCUGUGGCAUACCUGAUUGCACCGAAGAGCAGGCUGGGACUGUUCAUUAAAAAGCCAUUUAUCAAGUUUAUCUGCCACACUGGCUCGUACCUAACCUUCCUCUUCAUGCUCCUGCUGGCAUCGCAGCACAUCGUCAGGACCGACCUUCACAUGCAGGGCCCGCCUCCCACCAUUGUGGAGUGGCUGAUCCUGCCCUGGGUUCUAGGUUUUAUCUGGGGAGAAAUCAAGGAAAUGUGGGAUGGUGGAUUCAAUGAGUACGUACAUGACUGGUGGAAUCUGAUGGACUUUGCAAUGAACUCCCUCUACCUUGCAACUAUCUCCCUUAAAAUUGUUGCCUAUGUCAAGUAUAACGGUUCUCGUCCAAGGGAGGAAUGGGAAAUGUGGCACCCGACUCUCAUCGCAGAAGCCCUCUUUGCAAUAUCCAAUAUUUUAAGUUCCUUGCGUCUCAUAUCCCUGUUUACAGCAAAUUCACACCUGGGACCCUUGCAGAUUUCUCUGGGACGCAUGCUGCUAGACAUCCUUAAAUUCCUUUUUAUCUACUGUCUGGUGCUUCUGGCUUUCGCCAAUGGACUGAACCAGCUUUAUUUUUAUUAUGAGACCAGUGCCUCGGAGGAACCCAACAACUGCAAGGGGAUCCGAUGUGAGAAACAGAACAAUGCCUUCUCCACACUUUUUGAGACCCUCCAGUCGCUCUUCUGGUCUGUGUUCGGUCUGCUGAAUCUCUAUGUCACCAAUGUGAAAGCCAGACAUGAGUUCACAGAAUUCGUUGGAGCCACUAUGUUUGGAACCUACAACGUCAUCUCUCUCGUCGUGCUGCUGAACAUGCUCAUAGCCAUGAUGAACAACUCCUACCAGCUCAUUGCUGACCAUGCAGACAUAGAGUGGAAGUUUGCACGGACAAAGCUCUGGAUGAGUUACUUUGAUGAAGGUGCCACUCUGCCCCCUCCUUUUAACAUCAUCCCAAGUCCCAAGUCUUUCUGGUACCUUUGCAAGUGGAUUCACAAUCAGCUGUGCCCAGGCAAUGACUCUGACAAUGAACAGAAGAGGCAUGAAAACCUCAAAACAUUCACAGAAAGGCAUGCUGACAACCUCAUUCAGAAUCAACAUUACCAGGAAGUGAUCAGAAAUCUUGUGAAAAGAUACGUUGCAGCAAUGAUCAGAACUUCCAAAACCAAUGAAGGUUUAACUGAAGAAAAUUUCAAGGAAUUAAAACAGGACAUCUCAAGUUUUCGCUACGAAGUCCUUGAUCUCCUGGGAAACAGGAAGCCCCAGAGGAGAAGUUACUCUACCAGCAGCACAGAGGUGUCCCAAAAGGAUGAAACAAACGAGGACAGUGCUGGGGAAAAAUCCAAAGCCAAGAGUGUGUCUUUCAAUGUAGCCAACAAAAAGAAGGACUUCAAUGUAUCUGCUCUAAUUAAAACCAUGUCUGGGAUUGAUAUGGUGGAAGAGAAGCCAAAAAGCAAUGGGAUCAGUAAGCGCUCCUUCAUCCGAAAUGGAAAUAGAGUUCAGAGGCUUUCCAGCUCCAAGAAGGAGUCCUUUAAGAGACUGGGCCUGCUGUUCUCCAAAAUGAACGGGCACGUCCCUGAAGCAAAUUCAGAGCCCAUGUACACUAUUUCAGAUGGAAUUAUUCAGCCACACUACAUGUGGAAAGACAUUAAAUAUUCUCAGAUUGAUAAAGAGAGAGAAGAGAAUUGUUCCAAAAGUGAAAUUAACCUCAAUGAGGUGGACUACAGUGGGAACACGAGACUUACAGGACAGAGCAAGGAGUGCCCUGUGGUUUGUACCAGCUCCCUUCACUGUGCUUCCAGUAUUUGUUCCUCUAACUCCAAACUUUUAGACUCAUCAGAGGAUGUGUUUGAUUCAUGGGGAGAGGCUUGUGACUUGUUUAUAAACCAGUGGAAAGACGGGCAGGAGGAUCAUGUAACAACUCGGCUAUAAGUAAGGCUACCUUAACACCUGCUAGAAAACUUAGCUAAUUAUUUGUAAUUGUUUGCUCUCACCUGAUUCAGCAUUAUGAAUUCCUUUCUGUCCACAGGAGAAAAAAAUGUAAAACUACUUAUGUUAACCUAUUUUAUAGCCAUCUGCACCUUUUUUAAUUUACUUUUUUACACUCACAAAUACUGAACUGAAGGUUUCACUAUUUAUAAGGUCACUGUAAACUACGGGACUCCUUCGGAUGCAGGCUUAGUCUUUAAAUCCCACAUAAUUCAGACACGCUGGUGGCGGAGUAGAGGAUUUCUCCAGUGCACUCAUCAUCAUCCCAGCACCGCUGGGUUAUCAUCGCUGCUAUCCAACGCCAUCAGUUCUGCAUCCUGCUCAAACCCCUCGGCAUCACAACCAGCUGGUGAGCAGUGGCUUAGCAGGAGGCUGAGAAUCAUAUCUGCAAUCUUUUUAGAAAGUGUUUCAGGUUAUAACUGGCUUUUCAUU